UCAGCUGGUCUGUGUGCAUUACCAAGUCAGCAUCGCUUUCACUUUCCUCACCUACCUGCGCUGAUAGGAAGUAUUCCGAACCUGACCAACUUCGCUGUGGAUGUUGCCCUGCUAGUACCGGUAUAUGCAACACACGUGUUAGCUACGGCCUCUCUUUACGGUUGCAUGUAACCAGCUGCUUUAGAGGACUACAAUGCAGCCCGCACUCUGCAGCGGCUUGCGCCAUCAGGCGCUGCGGAAGCUUUGGUUGCUUGCAUCGCAAUCUCCGUUAUGGUCGCAGCUACCACCCUGCUUCCAAUCCAACUCAGCCGUUGCAGCGCGGACGUCAUCGCGCGGCUUCGCGUCGUUGCCAUCCCUCUCCUUGCCAUCGCCAUCAUCAACCGCUCCCCACAUAAACUUACAGCAGCAGGGGCAGUUCUCAGGUGACUGUCGCGAACCCGCUUGCUCAUCUGGGCGCCGUGACUCCUCGACCCUAGCCAUAGCAGCUGUGGCUGCUGCCUCGCUGCUUGCUACCUCGUCAUCCAUGGCAACGACGACGGAAGGCUCAUCAGCCGCUCAGUUUCCCUCUUCCUCCUCGGCAUCCACAACAGCAGCACCCGCAUCGCAAGAUCUGGUUGUGCCAUUCCCUGUCGCACCUUUUCGUCACAGCUGGACCUCCUUCCAGCUCCAAAACCAGGAGCCACGCCAGCCUCCCGCUUCCUCCCCAUCCCCAUCCCCAUCUCCAUCCACCUCCUCUUCAUCCGCAUCACCAGGACCUCACAAACAGCAGCAUCAACAGCCGCAAUCUCCUUCCUCCUCCGGAACCUCUGCCCCUCCUCCUCCUCCCCGCCCUUCUCCACGCCCUCCUCCCCCUCCUCCUCCCUCCUACAAGGAGGGCGCCGCCUUUGCAGUGUACGACAGCGCCGCCGCCCCCGCCAGCUUCUCGCAGCUUCUCGCCUCCCUGGAUUCGUACGAUGUCGUACUUCUGGGGGAGUACCAUGAUGACCCGGUGGCGCAUGCGCUGCAGCUGCGGGUGCUGCGGCAUGUGUUGGGGCUGGGGGAGGAGGGGGAGGGGGAGGGGCGGGAGGGAGAGCAGGGGCAGGGGCGGGAGGGGAAGAGGGUAGCGGAGGCUGGCGGGAGGAAAGGCGGAGAGCAGCAGCGGGAUCAGCAGCAGCAGCAGGGGCCGCAGCAGGGGAGGCGGAGGCGUGUGGCGUUGAGUUUGGAGAUGUUUGAGCGUGACGUGCAGUGUGUCAUGGAUGAGUAUCUGGCAGGUGUCCUGACCGAGGCUGACUUGAUGAAGGACGCACGUCCCUGGCCCAACUACUCCGCCGACUACCGCCCGCUGGUGCUGGCUGCCCGGCAGGCGGGGGCGCGCGUGGUGUGCGCGAAUGCACCGCGCAGGUACGUGAGCCUGGUGGGUCGCAGCGGCUCUGCGGCGCUGCAGUCGCUGCCGCCCGCCUCGCGCCGCCACCUGCCGCCGCUGCCGCUGCAGCCGCCCUCCGCCGCCUACGCGGCCAAGAUUCGCUGGACAAUGCAGCGCGCACGAGAGGCCAGCCAGAAGGACGCCAGCUCUGACAGCUCCGGAGCAGGAGAGCAGCAGCAGCAGGAGGAGGAGGAGGAGGUGGCGGCGCCCCUUGCCAGCCCUGCUGCUGCUGCUGCUGCUGCUGCUAGUAGUACAGGUAGUGCAAGCAGCGGCAGCAACGGCAGUAGUGGCAACACAGGCACCAGCAGUGCCGGCACCACCACCACCAGCACCACUAGCAGCAGUGGCGGAGGCGGAGGCGGAGGGGUGUGUCCGCACAUCGGCAUGAGCCUGCGCUCCAACUUCCUGGAGGCGCAGAACGUGUGGGACGCGACCAUGGCGGACAGCAUCGCCCGGGCGCUGAGGGAGAUGCGGGGGGAGGGCUGCGGGGCAGGAGAGACGGAGGGGCAGGCAGCAGGUGGCGAGGCGGGCAGCGGCGGGGAAGGAGGCGGCUCGGGAGGCCUGGUGGUGCAUGUGUGCGGCAAGUUUCACUCCGAGCAGCGACUGGGCAUCUGCGAGCACCUGGCCUCCCUGGCACCCGCGCCGCGGGUGUGUGUGGUGACCUUCCUGCCCAGCGGCCGGGGGGUGGCGUUGCCGCAGGCGCAGCUGCAGGGCGCGCGGCUGCACACAUGCGGCGACUGGCUGGUGGUGACGGACGGACGGCUGCCCCGGUCCUUCGUGUCGGAGCAUCCGGUGUGACAUGCGCGUGGUUUGCUUGCAUGUAUGAAGGGGUGUGAAGGGGUGUGAUGCGUGGUGCGGUUGAUGCCCCAUUCUGCAUGUUAUCGUCGCGGACAAUGCGACGGGGCAGCCCCAACAUUUAGGUCGGUUGGAAGAAGGUCACGGAUGUGUGUCACGGGGCGUGCGGGCGCGGGUGGAGUCAGGGUGGUGCGGUUGUGUCGCGCAUGGGACGACACAAGGGGCGCGGGUAUGUGGUGCGAGCAACGGGCGUUACUGUCGUACUGCAGCUGCUGGGAUAUUUACCGGUACGGUGCGGUCGUAGGUGUUGGCGGAUUCAGCGCGGGGUGGGGUGUUGUCAUGUGGUGUUGGGCCGUGUCACAGGGUGUUGCGAACGGAAGAUACGGACCGUGUAAAGGGUCUAAAUGAAC